CGCGGAGACACACCGAACAUCGUGAAGUUGCACUGAUCUUGUUAAAGCUGAUCACAGAGCUGUAGUUAAACCGUAAAGCUCGUGUUUAAUAACUAUAUAAAUAUCUUCAUGGACAGUCAGAAUGAAUCCACCUCGUCACAUCGCGUGCACUUUUACGCCCUUUUUACGCUAGUCUGUAUGUUGACAUGAUCACACACACGCACGCACACACACUCCAAAUGACCAAAUUAGGAAGUGGACUCAUAGAGUUAGUUCUGGCCGGUUCUGAGUUAAAUGUGACCCGUGUUAAAGUGCGUGGUGUUGUGUCAGACCGUGUCUGGGUGUCGGUGUGUGUGUGUGUGUGUGUGUAUGUGUGGGUGCCUGCUGUCUGAACACGAGUGUGUGAGCUGCCGAGUUUCUGGAGGAAAGAGAAAAGAGGAAGCAGUUCUCCGCCCAAAGUAUCUGCCCGGAGGCCACGGAGAACAGAGAUAGCAGAGCGAAGAGGACAGGAGCAGGCCGGACGCACAGAACCGAACCACUGCACGGCUAGAACUCAGACAAAGACUCGGAGCAGCUCUCUGAGGGGACCGGCAGAGACUCCGGUGAAACUCCGGGAGAAUUUUUGGAUUUCAGCAGAGAUUGUGAACUUCGCGGCUGCGUGUUGAGACCUCGUCGUGGAGAAUGCGCUCCAUGUAAGAAGUUUCAGUUUGAAGCGACACGGAUCAGAUCAGCCCGCUGCUGGCUCUGCUAACAGAACCCUUCACAGGAGGUUCGACUCGAGGACUUUGCUUUGGAUCGCCUCUCUUCGGCUCUGGUUAGCUGUAGCUGCGGGUGGACCGGCGGGCCUCUGAUCCAGGCCCUGGAAAGUUUUUUCACCAAUCCAAGCGUCAAUCCAGGAUGAGUGGAGACGAAGAAAGAUUCAAGCUGGUGGUGGUGGGAGGAGGAGGGGUCGGGAAGAGCGCCCUGACCAUCCAGUUCAUCCAGUCCUACUUUGUGUCAGACUACGACCCCACCAUCGAAGACUCCUACACCAAGAUCUGUACUGUGGAUGGGAAGGAGACCCGGCUGGACAUCUUGGAUACAGCAGGUCAGGAGGAGUUUGGGGCGAUGAGGGAGCAGUACAUGCGCUCAGGAGAAGGCUUCUUACUGGUGUUUGCUCUCAACGACCGGGGCAGCUACCACGAGGUCCAGAAAUUCCACACCCAGAUCCUUAGAGUGAAAGACCGAGAUGACUUCCCCAUGGUGCUGGUUGGAAACAAGGCUGACCUGGAAACGCAAAGAGUGAUAUCCAGAGAGGACGCUCAAGCAUUCGCCAGAGAGAACAGGAUCCACUACAUGGAAGCUUCGGCCAAGAAUCGCUACAACGUUGAUGAAGCCUUCUUGGAGCUGGUGCAAAUUAUCAGAAAGUUUCAGGAGAUGGAGAGUCCUCCUCUUCCAGCUCAUCACACAGGAAAGAAAAAGAGUGGCGGCUGUCCCUGUGUCCUCCUCUAAGUAUCGUUACUGUGGACACCAAAGCCACAUCACUCUAUGCAUGUCCAAAAAGGAGUGUGUGUGUGUGUGUGUGUGUGUGUGUGUGUGUGUGUGUGUGUGUGUGUGUGUGCGCGUGUGUGUCAGAGAGAAAGAGAGAGAGAGAGGAUGGAUAAGGUUAGUUGUUUUCUGUCCAAAUGGUUUCAUGUGCACUUUUUAUUAAAGGCAACUUCUAAAUCAUUGAAACACCAGGGACACACCGGAGGGGAGGAGGCACAUUAGGUCACUAUUCAUGUGUGCAGUACUCCAGCUGUUCACACCAGAGGCACUGCAGUUCUGCUCCUCUGCGAUUUUCUAAUCACAGAUAGAGCUGAUCUUUAUGAUCAUGUCAUGAAUUUAUAAUUCAAUUCAACAAUUCAAAACAAUUGGUUAACAUUGCCGCUGAAAUUAAGUCUGCAGGUGCUUCCGCCCCCUGUGUGUCCCUAACAUAAUGUUUUAUUUUAACGAGAGGAUCUAAAGGGAAAGUUAACAGUUAAUUUGGUGGCGAAACAGUUAGUACUUGGGCCACUGUAAAUGAUGCAGUUCUUAUACAACGUUAGUGUUCACAAAUGGAAAUAUUGUCACACCAUCCAGGGUUGUUAGUAAAAAUGACCAUGCUGUUAGGAAGGAUGCUGUGUCCUGCAGGUGAGGGCAGUGGUACCACCUCCACUCAGCUGACUGUGUUCUCACAUUAAAUAUUCAUUUUGAAUAUUGUCUUUUGUGUUCUUGUGACACAAAAGUGUGACUCCUCCAAAAUGUGCAUUUCACAUUUCAAGUUGCUCAUGAUAUAUGCAUGUGCCUUCCUGCAGAUGGUCUGCACUCGUCACUGGCAGGGAGGGCAGGAGGGUAAGGUCUUGACUGAGUUGGUUCGUGAUGUCCUGUGCUAACAAGAUUGUGUUGUGUGCAGUUACCUCAUUGGUUAUCUGGAUAUAAUUAUUCUAAAUGCAUGUACGUUGGUCUGAUUUGUAAUAGAUAACAUGUUCAAGAAAAAAGGAAAGAGCGGAAACUCAGCAACAGUUCCAUGCUGUCGUUAUGCUUCUAGCUGCUGUAUUUGUCUUUUGUUGCCACCUCCCCAUCUUUCCACUUUUAUUGCCAUUGUAAGUGUGAAUAUUGAAAAUAUCCAUAAUACCAAAUGGCAAUUCAGGGGCCUGAUCAGAUUGCAGAUUGUCCAGAUGCAGACUUCAGUAUGGAAAGGCCUUUGCUACAAAGUAAAUGUUAUGGUUAGUCGAGGUCAUUUAAGGUUUAAUCCAGGAUUAAAACUGUGGUUAAUUUCUUACUGGGGUACAUCGUCAUAGCAACAGAUGCUACACUCCUAACCUGCUCUUUUUAGCGAUAGUAGACUAACACACACAAAAGCACUGCCUAUUGAUCAAACAAAAUACUUUGGUAAAUGGUGUUAUGAUAGCUAUUGUUAGGGUUAGUGAAGCCAGAUAAUGAAAACAUAUUGUGAGUUUGUUGAACUUGCUUCGCAGUGCAGGCCUCUGGUUCCUUUGCCAUUCACAGUCGAUAGCUGAAUGAUGAAGAGUCUAAAUCAGUAUUUGAUUAAUGUACGGAUCAAUAAACUUCUACCUGGUAGUGCAGUUUUCUUGAUAGCAGAAUUUUCUGUUUGCACAUUUCAGAGUUGACCAUGUGUUGCCACAAAUAAUUUCUUGAUGUUUAUUGUUUAAACGAUAAGUGUGCUGCAUUCUGGUACUGGUAAUGUCUUUUUUUUAUAUUUUGUAUAUUUUACAUCUACAUCAUCAGUGUCUAAAAAAAUAGUUAAAAGUAUAUUAUGUUUUUCACAGAAAUGAAUAAUAGUGACCACAAAGACCACAGAGACAGUUGGACUGAACUGGUAGCAGAUGAAGUUCUAUUGUUAACAAAGUGUCCAAACACAAGCCCAUCUCAUCGUCUUCAUUAGUGGAUGGAGGGAGAUGGUUCAGUUGUUAUUAUGCGACUUAAGCGUGGAACGUUAGUUACCUAAUGGCAAGUGGUCUUAUGUGUAUGGGGGGACAUGGUAAUCCCUGUCUCUGUUCUCUUAGCCUCUGGUGUCAGACUUGAAUGAUCUCCAGUCAGAUCCACAAAUUUCUUAUCACUUUCUGUAACUUUGCAAGACAGGCGGUUUUCCGACAAAUGGGAACUGUUGGGCCCUGGUCGAGCUAUGUGCCAUGAGUUCAGCCUGUGUGUCCCCUGUGUUCUGAUGUGAGUUCUUCCAUUAACAGUGUGCUAAUCAGAAACCACAGUUGUGUGUCAAAGUCACAUCUUCCAGCACCUUCUUCACUGUUCUUUUAUUUACAAGGAAAAUAAUAACUCAAGAUGAUGGACACUAAGAAAAUUCCUUGAAAUUGAAAAAAAAAAAAAAAAAAUCUAUGAACUUUCCCAAAUAUGGAGUUUUGUACCUCCAUUUAGAAAUGCUUUGGGCACUUUGGUUUCACUUUGCUUUCCUUUUAAUAAGAAUUCAUAUUUAUAUCUACUUUAUAUCAUGCAAUAUUCAUCAUCAUUUUAGAUUGAAAUGAAAAUAAAAUCACUUUUAUACAUCA